GAUCAGAUAUCACUGUUUUUAAUCUCACCCAUUGUCUCUUUGUUUAUUAAUUUAGUGACUUUGUGUUUUGACUAUUGAAGAUGUCUAGUGUUUCUGCAGAUUUGUGUUUAUUUUCAGUGUUUUGUGAUGUUGGGAUUUAGGCAGUUCUUAUUAAAGUGCUGCUGGCGGUUCGGCGAGAUGCACACAGCCACAGCAGAGGGCCAGUACCGGGGCACCAACGGCGCGACGCACCCCAGGGAUAAAGUCGCUAUCCUAGACGCUGGCUCGCAGUAUGGAAAGGUGAUCGAUCGCCGCGUACGCGAGCUAUGCGUGGAGUCCGACAUUUUGCCGCUAGACACCCCGGCGUACCACCUCAAAGAGGCCGGGUACCGAGCCAUCAUCAUCUCAGGAGGCCCCAACUCUGUGUACGCUGAGGAUGCGCCGAGAUAUGACUCUGAUAUAUUCAAGAUCGGGCUGCCCGUUUUAGGUAUCUGCUAUGGCAUGCAGAUGCUGAACAAGGAAUUCGGAGGCUCCGUGCUGCGUAAGGACGCCAGAGAGGACGGACAGUAUGAAGUCGAGGUGGAAACCACUUGCCCCCUGUUCAAUCGUCUCGAGAAACUCCAACCAGUACUCCUGACCCACGGAGACAGCGUGCAGAGAGUAGGAGACCGUUUCCGCGUCGGCGCCCAGUCGUCCAACCAUCUCAUCGCCGCCAUAUACAACGAGCAGAUGCGUCUGUACGGCGUCCAGUUUCAUCCUGAGGUGGACCUAACCCCGAAAGGCAAGCAGAUGUUGUCGAACUUCCUUUAUGACAUUGCGGGCAUGUCGCGCUCCUUUACGCUUCGGUCUCGUCGUGAAGCCUGCGUCCAGUACAUCCGAGAUACCGUUGGAGAUAAUAACAAAGUUCUUGUGUUGGUGAGUGGCGGUGUAGACUCUACGGUGUGCGCUGCUUUGCUUCGGACCGCGUUGCGCGAGGACCAAGUUAUCGCGCUGCACAUCGAUAAUGGAUUCAUGCGUAAGAACGAGAGCUCUAAGGUGGAGAGAUGUCUUCGCGAAUUGGGAGUUAGGCUGCACGUCAUCAACGCGUCUCAUCAGUUCCGGCAAGGCAGCACAGUGGUCCGCGAGGCCGGCGGGCGCACGCGGAGCACCCCGCUGCUCUGCCACACGCAGGCUCCGGAGGACAAGCGCCGCAUCAUCGGCGACGUCUUCAUCCGCAUCGCUGAGCAGGCCGUGCGCGACCUUAACUUGCAGGAGGACCAAGUUCUCCUCGGUCAAGGCACACUGCGCCCCGACCUGAUCGAAUCCGCAUCAGCACUAGCUUCAGGCAACGCGGCGACUAUCAAGACUCAUCAUAACGACACGGACUUGGUCAGAGCACUGCGGGCGCGCGGCAGAGUGGUUGAACCGCUCAAGGACUUCCACAAGGACGAGGUCCGAGCCCUCGGCCAAGAGCUGGGCCUCCCGGCCGCGCUGGUGGCGCGGCACCCGUUCCCGGGCCCAGGAUUGGCCGUGCGCGUGCUGUGCCAGGAUGAACCACGUGCCGAGAGGGACUUCUCCGAGACUCAGGUCAUAGUGAAAAUAAUGGUAGAAUACGCGAGCAUGAUCGUGAAAUCGCACGCGCUACUAGGCCGCGUGGUGAACGCGACUACAGCCGCAGAGCAGGCCGAGCUCAAGCGCAUCUCCUCCAAGUCGCCUAUCGCCGCUGCCUUACUGCCACUGCGCUCAGUCGGUGUCCAGGGUGACGCACGGACGUACAGCUACGCAGUAGCACUGUCUACGGAACGCUACCCGCCCGACUGGAAAGACAUGCACUACCUCGCCAAGAUCAUACCUCGAGUCUGCCACAAUGUUAACAGGGUGUGCUACGCGUUCGGGGGGCUGAUCAAAGAGCAAGUGACGGACAUCACGCCCACGUUCCUCACGCAGCAGGUCAUCUCCACUAUCCGCCAGGCGGACGACAUCGCCACACAGGUCCUGUUAUCGAGCAGCGCCUUGUCCCGCAUCGCGCAGAUGCCGGUGGUGCUGAUCCCCGUGCACUUCGACCGCGACGCCGCCACGCGCGCGCCCUCCUGCCAGCGCUCCGUGGUGCUGCGGCCCUUCGUCACGUCCGACUUCAUGACCGGCGUCGCGGCUCUGCCGGGCUCGGAUGCUAUGCCUCAAGACGUGAUAGACAGAAUGCGCAAAGAACUAAUGAGCGUGCCCGGCAUCUCUCGCGUACUCUACGAUCUGACACCGAAGCCGCCCGCCACCACCGAGUGGGAAUGAUCCGUUUGUGUUUCCACUCGUCUUGUACUGCACCCGGGCAGUGGUCCGCUCUGACGGUCACAACCGUCACGUAAUCUCAUGCGGAGAUUACACUGGUAGUUCACCUAAGUGUAACCUCAUAUUGAGCGGGCGGCGUGCAUGUCAAAACAAUUGAAGCUCAUACAAGUAUCGCACGCUCGUCUACUCAGGCCUUACACUAAUGGAAAAUAUGAGGUUGCCAGGCAACCGACAUUGUUUGCAUGCGGCGAACGACUCAGUGUAAUUGCCGCUUCAUGUGCUCUGUGGCAUUUGGUCAGGAGGAUUACCCAACUAGGGGGCGCCAUUAUCGCAAACAGUAAACAAAUCUCCUUUAUAUUUUUCAAUGAUAAAUGUACUAAUAAUAAUCUGUGACAUUUCAAAUAACAGUUUACAGCAUAGCAUAUUACAAUACUCUAUAGUUUACUGUUUGUGCUAGUGCACUCUGGCGGCAGGAUAUUACAAUCAUAUUCACUGUAUUUCUUGUUCCGCAAGCUGCAAUUUUAUAAGUCGCAACACUGUGUGGCCUUUUUACGAGUUGCAAUUUUAAUUGUCUAAAUCUGCCGUAUAAACUCAGCAAAAAUAUUAAUUAACGGGCAUAAAGGAGUCAAAGGUUACGCGAAUUUGAACUGUUUCGGUAAUUUCUAAGUUCCUAGGUUAGUUCAUUCCAAUGUGAGGAGUUCAGUCUGGUUUAAAUUGUCUGUCAAGUCAACGUCAGUAAUACCAGUUUAGAAUUCCAAAAUUGUAUCUUGUAAAACUUAAAAUCCACAUUCAAAUAAUUGCAAAAUUUAGGUAAAAUUAAUAUAAUUAUUGUUUGGACAUACAUAUAUGUCAUUAACUCAUUAUUCUCACACGGAAAGAUGGUUUGCAGUUCAUUUCACUUGUGCAUUAGUACUUAUAAUCUACGUAAUAUUCAUAAUUAUAAAAUACGUAGUUCCAGUUCAGAUCGCUAUGCCCAAUAUUAUUUACAAGGGAAUGACAAUCAAUUGUGUUCAUGUUAUAAAGAUUUAAGCUAUUCGCGAUUAACUGGAUUGAAUUAAUACAAAUAAGUGCCUAAUUCUAAACGGUAGCUGUCACUGUGCAAUUUUUCCUUGCAAUCAUGUAAUUGGGCCAUUUUUUCAAAGUUAUCCACCCCACUUUUUUGUAACAUUGGUAUUUUUACGCGAUUCAUUCUCAGAAUCGCAAGGUCUUUGGAUCCUGAUAGGAGAAGAAAAAUGUCCCUAGAU